UAAUCAGUCAAAUGUUGACUGUAACCGAGGACACUAAAUCCCUGCCAAUUUAAUUAUGAUUAAAUUUAAAAAACCAAGAAUGGAUGUUAAAUUAAAGCUGGUAUAGUUUCGCGUAUGGAAGUACCGACAUUUCCAUUACCCCCGUCACCACUGGAAUUGAGAAGACCACCCUCGUCAGCGGUCAGACGUCAACGAGACGUUGUAAAAUCAGUCUCAGGACGUAUACGACAUGUAUCACCAGUUAAAAAUAAUCAUUUUGAUACAAAAAUUCCAAUUUUACUUAAUAAUUUACCAAAAAAACGAGCUCAUCGUCUUUCACGUCUUGCAAAUACAGUGCAUCCACGAGAUAUUAAUACACAAACAAUUACAUCAAUUAAAAAAUAUAAACGUACACGUAUAACUCAAUUUCGUGUCAAAAUGACUGAACGACGUGAUGAUGAAGAAGAUGACGGUGAAAUUGUUUGCACGACAGGCACUCCAGUGUCUUUUGGUUCUUGUACAAUAUCAGAAGACUUGUCUGUUGAAUUAAAAGACGAACAACAAGAACCAAGACAAUCAUCAUCAACAUCAACAAUUAAAUCAACAGGAGUACAAACACACGUUGGUGAUGGUCCUUAUCGUUUAAGAAUUUUUCCAAUAAUAAAAGACACUGUUGAUGAAGAAGCCACAGAUAAUCAAAAAUUAGCAACAAAGCUAUGGAGUCAUAUAAGAUUUAUUGGAAGAAUUCUUCUUUGUCAAAUUGGUCUUGCAUGGGUAUUAUUAUUUUGGACAAUUGCUGGUGCUGCAGCAUUUUACAUAACAGAAGGUCCACGUGAACGUGCACAAGUAUUUGAACUUAAAAAUUUACAAAAAGAUCUUGCUGUUGAUUUAGCAACUGAAUUAAGACAAUUAAAAUCAUCAGAAGAUGAAUUAGAACCACUUUGGAGUAAUAAAGUUGCUCAAUAUGUUGCUAAACAUGAAAAAAUUUUACUUCAAGCUGUUAAUGCUGGUUAUGGUGAAGGUGGUAACAGUGGACAAUUGUGGACAUUACCAGGAUGUUUUCUUUUUUCUGUGUCACUCAUAACAACAUUAGGUUUUGGUGCACCAGUACCACGUACAACACCAGGUAGAAUUGUUGCUGUUAUAUUUGCUGCAAUUGGAAUACCAUUACAUUUUCUUCUUGUAUUAAAUAUUGGACUUUUACUUGCAAUUAGAUUACAAAAAUUAGGUAUUGAUAAAAAAUAUAAAAAUGAUCCAGAAGAAUCAUCAACUGAUCUUAAAGUACCAAAAUGGGUCAGAGUUGUACCAUUUAUAUUGAUAGGAUUUUAUUAUACAAUUGGAAUAUUGUGUUUUGGAACGGCAAGAUUACGACCACUUGCUGCUAGUUUAUUAUUUCCACUGGAUUUUACAGCUGCUGGAGGUCUAGCAACAACAUCUGGCUUAGUUAGAAUUUUUUAUGGUAUAUAUCUUGAAGGUGCUGUGACAAUUGCAGCAGUAACUGUUGCUGUUUUACGUGUAUCAGCAACUGAAAGUUUAACAAAUAUUGGCUUAAAAUAUGGCCUACUAACUGAAGCAUAAUAAACUCUACACAACAAAUCGAUUAUUAAAUAUUGAAUUCAACAUUUAACCCUGGAUAAUAAAAAAAAUAAAAAUAAAACUUGAUUUAUAGCAUGACUAUUAUUGCUUGCUAUUUAAUCAAUAUUCAAAUGAUUAAAACACUUGCAAAUGAUUUUUAAAUUUAAUCAAUCAUCAAUGCCAAGAGACAAGACAAUUUAAAAUAAAUAAAAUGUGUUAAAUGAGUUUAAAUUGAACUAUGCUAUCAAGCACAAAUACUCAUUAUUUAAAAUAAACUUUUUUUUUUAAAAAACAAAAACUAAAUAAAAUAAAAGUUUUUAAUAUAAUUGAGUGUUAUUCUAUAGUGUUUAUGUGUGUCGGUUAUAAAAUGAUAAAAGUAUUUUCAUAAUUAACGAAUAAUCGAUUCACAAUUUUCAAGUGUGUUUAAUUCUUGAAAUAAAAAAAAAAUAAAAGUUGCCGCGUGUUCAAAGCUGUAGUUUGUAAGCAGCACAUUACAUCGAUGACCAAACUGUACUAGUGAUUAUGAAAUUUUUAUUAUCACCUUUUACCCCUUUGUUCACUUUAUCUGGCUCUACAUAAAAUUGCCCUCCUUAUCUCAAAAUAACAUUCCAAUAAUUGUUUUAAAUAUUAAUUAAAUUAUAACAUAAAAAAAAAAACACAAUAAUAACAAUAAAUAAUUAUUUAAUUAAAAUUUUAAGAACAAUUUAUUCAAUUUUUACGUGUUAUAACAUGUCAUCGAUUAACUUGCUAUACGUAAGUUUUAUUUUUUUUUUUUUUUAUGUUACCAUUUCUAUUUGUCCUCUUUGUCUUUGGCCGUGGUUAAAUUUAAUUUAUUUAUAACGUUAGAAAUAACAAUAAUUGUUGGCCAAUUUAUUUGUGUAUAUUAUAAAAACAUUUCUUUCUUUUUCAUUAUUUUUGUUUUGUAUGAAAGGAAUAAAUUUAUUAAAAAAUUCUAGUCUUAAAAUUUAA